AUGCCGAGCUCUCGACAGAAGAGAUUCAUCUUGGUCCUCAUGGAUAAGGAGGUACAGAAGUUCGUCUGGAAAAACAUCAUUUGCAGGCACGGGCUCCCCUACGAGAUAAUCACUGACAGAGGGUCACAGUUUAUCUCGCAUAACUUCAGAGAGUUCUGCAACAGGUGGAGAAUCUGUCUAAACAUGUCAACACCGAGAAACCCGCAGAGCAACAGUCAAGCCGAGUCAACUAACAAAACAAUCGUCGACGGCCUCAAGAAGCGACUUGACUUGAAAAAGGGUUGCUGUGCUGAUGAACUAGACGGAGUCCUGUGGUCCCAUAGAACACCCCGCGUGGAGCAACCAAGGCUACCCCUUUCUCGAUGGCCUAAAGAGUCGAAGCAAUGGCACCCGCCGAAGUAA